AUUGAACCACAUUUUCAGUCGUUUACCACUGUUUUGGUGCAAAAAACUUUUGAUUCACUUUUUGGUCUCAAUUUAAUUUAGUAUUUCAUAAUCGCAUCGAAAAGCAAUUCAUCACAAAAUGAGGGCUUUUAUGAGAUUAACGCCAAAAGUGAUGAAAAUGUCAUUCAAUAGAACUGCGUUUCUUGUGAACAGAUCGCAGAUAAUGAGGACAUGUCUGCAGACGAGGAGCGCUCAGACGAUGACAUCCCAGUCGAGUGACAAUGAGAUCCAACCGCCGGCCGUGUCUUUGGACGACAAACAAUACGACCAAAAGAUCGUCAAAAUAGUGACCGAUAUCUCAAACCUAACGCUCAUUGAAGUCUCGGAAUUGAAUCAAUUGCUU